AGAAAAUUGAAAGAUGUUGAAAUGAUGGUAGAAGAUUUAAAAGAGGUGCCAACGAGAAAAGGACAAACAUUGAUUGUAAAAAGUCUUCUAUCGAUACUUCGAAGUAUUAUAGACAUAUUUAAGGAUGAAAUUAUAGAUUCGGAUGAUGUUUUGCGUAAUUUAAGUUUCUUCACGCAGAUAAAAAUACUACUUAAAUUUAUGAAAAUACAAUCUGCUUUAAUGAAAACUGAAUAUCGUUUAAAAAACAUUGUUUCUCAGAUAAAUAAAAAAUUAGAUAAUGCUUCAAAGGAUAAUGAAGAAAUAAUAGAGAAACUAAUGCGUGAGAAAUAUGUUCAAGUUGUGAAAUGUCUUUCAACAAUAUUAAAUAAUUGUAUUGAAUGUUAUCAAUAUGUACUCCCACAUUCGGUGAAUGAUCUCACGGAAUACCUGCUAUGUAGUGCAAUAUUGAUUGCGAAAAUAUUCCGACGAUUAUUGUGUGAAAUAAUAAUGGGAGAAUGAAGAUUGUAACUGUACGGAACUUCUACCGAAAGCUCAAAAACGCAUCCUCAUUUGGUUCAGUUGGAAAAAAAACUCAGUUUUCUGUUUCUCUAUACUGAAUUGUAUAGCGUACGUACGCCUUAAGUUCACUAUUUUAUUUUUAUGGUUGUGUUUAAAUCAGAUAAUGAAUAAAUUUACACUACAUCUAUAA